AGCGCGGCCUCUCUGGGCUUCGGCGCUGCAGUCCCUCAGCCUAGCUUGCGCUGGGGAGAUCUCGGGUGUGUGUGUGGGGGUGGAGUCUGAAGUGUGUUUCUUUUUCUGGGCUUCUCCGCUCCUGCAUCCAAAAAAAUAAUAAUAACCCGACACUACUGCCCCACACCUUUAGUCACCGAGUUGGGCAUUGCCCCUUUGCGUUUGACCACCCCCUCGUCACCCCUUCCACAGGAAAAGGUAUGAAACGCCAAAGAGAAUGCUGAAAAUGGAUUUAUUGUCACCUAACUUCAGUUCCCCUAAUGAUCCAGAUGGACAGAAUGAUAUCUUUUGGGAUCAAAAUUCUCCAAUGACGAAACAGUUAGGUAAAGGAAAACAAAAACAGAUUUACACUACAGAUAGUGAUGAGAUCUCACAUAUUGUUAACUGUAUUGCUCCUCAGCACACCUUUUCCCCAUUGAAGCUCCUCUUAAUACUUGCUGAUUUAUAAGAUCAUCAAGAAACACCUAUAAAAGUAGAAAGAAUACUGGAUUUGGAGUUAAUUCUCAGUCAGCCUUCCAUCCUGGGAUGAAAAACCUGCAACAGAUUCCAUGCUGGGCAUGUGGAUUGGUGCUUCUGCUAUUCCUUGUACUCCUUGUGUAGCAAAAGGAAAAUCAAGAACAAAAAUCAGCUGUACAAAGUUAAAAACACAAAAUCGAGAGGAAGAGCUUAUGAAACUGGCUAAGCAAUUUGAUAAAAAUAUGGAAGAGCUAGACAUAAUUCAAGAGCAAAACAAGAGAAAUGAUUUAAUCCAGACAGUUUCAGAAAUAGAGACUUCAAGUAAUUUUAAAGGUAAUGUACAGACACAGUCAUUACAUGAUACAGUUCCCCAAAUGGAUAGUGCUAUAAUAAAGAAGCCAAUGAAAGAAAAAACCAGGAUAUCUGUAGUAAAUGAUCAAACUAGCAGUCUGACACCAUUUGACCAAAAUGCUGAAGCAGCCUUUAAUGCCAUUUUUGAUGGUUCUACACAGAAAUGUAGCGGACAGUUAAGCCAAUACUUGUCAGAUGCUUUUUUGAACACUAGUAAUACUACCUUUGGAAAGAAAAGUGCUUUGAAAGAGGAGAAAGUCAUUACUAAUGAAACUCUGGUCACUGAAAAACUGCCAGAUAAAGCCCCAGAAUCACUUUCUUGUCAAGUAGAUAUUUCUGGAAUGACAAAGUCAUGUGUGAUUUCCUGUACUAAGGAGCCAGAAAAUUUUAGUAAGUACUUUAAUGCAUUUACUACCAACAAUUUUGAGGAUGAUUGGGAAAAUUUACUAAGUAAUGAACCUUUUGUAAUGCAAAAUGUCAACAUAACUGAAAUUUUCCCUCCACCUAAAACAACUCAGACUGAUGAUCAAAAGGGAAUUUGUGCCUAUAAAAGUAAAAGUGAUAAAAGUGAGUCAAGAACAAAUACAAGCCUAGAUGUCAAGUUAAGAGAUACAACAAUUUUACAAGAUCUUCCUUCAAAAACACAUAACAGGGAAUUAACAGAUGCUGGAAACUAUAGACUUUCAUCAAAUCAAAAUAAUAAACGAAACAAAUUACCAUCCAUUGGGAAUAAAAUGAAAUUUGAGAAAUCAUUCAAUAAAAAUGUUGAAGACAAAAUUCAAGACUGUGCAGUUGUACCUAAUCUGACAAAAAUAAAGGAGGUUACUCAUACUAAAUUUACUUCUAAUAUAAAUGUUUCUGAAAAAAAGUCUGCUUUGAACACAGGAUAUUCUAAUGAACAAAAAAAAAAGUUCACUUUUAAUCAGUCUUUUAAAGCACCUGCUAAUAGAGAACCUUUUGCGUCUGCAACUUUGGGCGAUGAAACCAGUGUGCAUAACCCAGAUCAGACUAAUACAUCAAACUUACAUUCUUUCUUUGAUGAUUGGAAUGAUCCCUCAUUUGCUAAUGAAAUUGUUAAAGCAUGUCAUCAAUUAGAGAAUACCUGGGAAGCAGAUGAUGUAGAUGACGAUUUAUUAUACCAAGCAUGUGAUGAUAUUGAAAGACUAACUCAGCAACAAGACAUUACAAAGAACAGCAAGACAUCAGAAAGUAUACUUGAGAUCAAUAAUAGUUCCAAACAUGAAGCCAAAAACGUGUUUACUACAUCUAAACAAGGAAGUCAGUUGGUGCAAUCAAAGCAUCCGAAUUUGAGCAGCGUAUCAGUGCAUACAUCCUCUUCGACAAAUAACUCAGAAUUGAAUAAAUCAGUGAAGAUGGGGAAAAGGGAAAUUUGUGGAAAUUUUCCAAGUUUUUUAGGUGCUACAACAAAUUUGACUGUAUACUCCAAAAACUCAAAUUGUCAGAUCAAUAAUCUGCAUGUCUCACAGAAUAACACAGAUGUGCCAAUACAAGUGAAUAGUUCUGAAUCGGUUCUUACGGGAAGUUCAAGUUCAAAUAUGAGUUCAGAUCAUAUGAGUACAGAAACUACUACUUACAAGAAGAAACUGAGUACUGAUCUAUCCCAUAGGAACGUAAUAGGUGAAGCCAAGAGUGAACUUAACAAAACAGUCAGAUAUUCUAAGUAUACAUUUACAAAGAUGAAGAAUUCCCAGAUUCUUUCCCAGUUUAAUCAAAACUGUAUAAUAGGAAGUAUUUCUGAUAGCAAAAUUACACAGAGUUUGGAAAAAAACAAAACUCCUGUCAAUCCAUUAUAUGGGAAGGCUCUUCAGCACCAGUCUUCAGUGAAACAUGCUGAGUCUUUGAAACAGUCUCCAAAAGAGGAAGAAGAGAAAAAUAGAAAGUGUUCUCCUGAAGAAAUUCAAAGAAAAAGACAAGAAGCACUGGUCCGAAGAAUGGCCAAAGCUCAGGCAUCAACUGUGAAGGCAGCUCCCACUUGACUUGAUUUCUUUAAUGAAAUGUUAGUUGAAAGACUUGACAAAAGACACUAUCUAUGAUAGGAAAUUUUUUUUUCUUGAUUUCUCUGUGAGAAAUUUAAUGCUGAGUUAUAAAGCAUGGACUUUAUUUAAUAAAGCAGAGUUUGCAGUGGUCAGUGAAACCUUUCUUUGGAAAUGUAUGUUAAAGUACUUGCAUAAAAAUUUUGGAAAUUCAGGAAAGUAAUUUUGUAGUGGAAUUAUACAGAGAAAAGUAUUUUUAAGUACUAUGCUGGCAGAGGAUCAUGAAAAAAUUGGUAAUCUACUUUAUUUUUUAAUGCAGUGUUUUCCUAAUACAAAGCUUCAAUUUACUAAGUUAAUAGAAACUCGGUUGUUUUUUUUAAUAGUUAGCUUCCAAUAACUGUUCCUUAUGAUUUUUAUACAUUUCUGAAUUUUAAUUAAUGUUUCCACAUUCUUAGGAAUGUGGUAGGAAAUAAAGAACUUCAAAUUUAUUUGUAAGGAAAUUACUAUUUUCAGUUCCUAGUCUGAAAUAGAUUUGAAUUUUAAUUUUCUAAAACAUGAUGCAUUUUGGAAAGUUUCCACCAUUUUUAGGAGAGAUUUAAGAAGUUUAGUUUGGAAAAAGGAAAGUGGAUUGGCUAGCUAAAUAAUGUAGAGUCAUAACUUUUAGAACUGUCAAGAACUUCAGAUACUAUCUGGUGCAGCUUCUUUAUUGUAUAGUAAGAAAUGAAUAUUUGUUACUCUAAAAGUCACAAGUUAAAGCUCUUCUGAAAUUAGAAUGAUUUCUUUCAUUCUAAUAAACAGCUAGACAAUUGUA